AUGGAAAUCUAUUGUGGGCAACAGCCAGAGGGACCCUUGCGGCAAAGCAAUUCAUCCUCUGGUGUAGUAAUGAGAUUGUCUGAACCAAUUUUUCAGUCGGGUAGAAAUAUUACCGCAGACAAUUGGUUCACAAAUGUAGAGUUGGUGAGAAAGUUAGAAGAAAAGAAGCUAUCGUACGUAGGGACAGUUCGGAAGAAUAAAAGAAAACUUCCAGCUAACUUCGUCUUACCAAAAGGGCGUCAAGUAUUUGACAGUAUAUUUGGAUAUACAAAAAAUGAAACAUUAGUUUCAUAUGUCCCGAAAAAAGGAAAAACUGUAGUCCUUAUUUCCAGUUUGCAUGUGGCGUCGAACGAAGUGAAAGAAGAUGCUUCAAAAAAGCCAGAAAUAAUAACAUUUUAUAACAACACAAAAUCCGGCGUUGAUGUGGUCGAUAAACUUUGCGCUUCUUAUAAUGUUGCUAGAUCAACUAAGAGGUGGCCUAUGGACAAGGAAUUACAAAAUAUACCUACAGUCACUGACGUAUCUGAUAUUGAAGGUAUAGAGGAUGUGGAUUCUCCCAUUUUUUUAAAAUGUCAACGACAACAAAAAAACAAAUUGCUAAAUCUGAAACAACUGGAAUGCAACCUCCGCGCUCCAAAAUGUUUAAAAACCGGCUUGUAA